GUCGACGCGCGCAAGCGCAAUCUGUAUAGUUGAUGUUGCCAUCUUGACGGAGAAAAUUGAGGAAAUCUACACUUUUUUGACAGCACAGAAAAUAUUGAAAAACCUCACAGAUGGUGAAAGUUAUCCCAAAGAAUUAAAGAACAUUUUUUAAAAAAGUCAAAAUGCAGUCCAGACCAAGGAUGAGUGGAGACAGGGCCAUAUCCCCUAGUAUGUUGUUCCCAGGGACUAAUCCUAGCCUUCCCUCCCACAUACCUAUUCAAAUGGCAGCUGCGCCAGCCCAAGGAUACGCAUCAUCGAUUGUCUCAACUGGACCGUUUCCAACUCCAGUCAUCCAGAACUCAGGAAGUCGGGUCUCUAUCCCCCAGAGUCUUACCAGUCAACCGAGUCAGAAUGUUUUCCCCCUCUCCCCUCACUCGCUCGGUGGACAGGUUAGCCAGACAGUGUUUCCAGCACCUCUUGGAAGUCAGGCAUGUGGAUCAAGUGGGGUUUACCCUACCUCUGUGGGGAGUCGUCUUACUCAUGCCACAGUGUUCCCCACCCUUGGGAGUGGGGGAGGAAUUCGCCAGUCUGUCCCCACCCACUACUAUGCCCCGGGAAGCAGCACUCCACAUCUGGCUGUUCCAAUGAACCAUAAUCUACUACACAUGUCAGGUGGAGGCAUUCCUCAGAGCCCAGUUUUAGCCUACCCAGGUACCCCAUUCGUCAUCAGUGGAGGACAGAGCCCAGGAAUGCCUGGAACCUCCCAUGCCUCUGGCCAUAUUCAGCUCCUUCCCCGACCCCCCGGUACUCCCAGUCCUGCUACCCCUCACCUUCUGAGUCCGGUCAGCCCCAGUAUGCCAAAAGUAGUGGGACAUAUUCCCAUCACCAAUACUAGUCCAGGAAAUCUUAAUGGCAACAGUGGUGCCAUUAGUCCUUGUGGAAACUUUCCCAUGUCUGUGCCAGGAGGGUUGAUCCUUUGUUCACCCAUGGGAGCCAGUACAUUAUCAAUGACAAGUACACCAAACUCCUCCCAGAAUUCAUUGGCAACAGAACCUGGAGAGGUCAUAGGUCAGAAAGAGGAGAAGGCCACUGACAUGUCACUUAACCCUGCUGAAGAGACAGAGGUUGAAAUUAAACCUGAAGAUAAAACUUCAAGUCAGGAGGAAGUCAAAGCCUGUGAUAAGACAGAGAAGCAAACUGAGAAAGAGAAAUCUGUUCACUUCAGAAAUAUGGAUAUGGGAAGCUAUAAUGAAGAUGGGGUUCCAGUGGAGUACGAUGAUUCAGACUUUGUUUGGGAGGAAUACUUAGAUGAAACAGGUUCCAUAGCUGUUCCCAAUGAGGCUUUCAAGCAUGUUGAGUACAGCUUAGAGAGUGGCUUUGUGAAAGGCAUGAAAUUAGAAGUGCCAAAUAAAUGUAACCUUGGAACCUACUGGGUAACCUCUGUAAUCAUGACCUGUGGACCACUAUUGAGGUUACGCUUCGAUGGGUAUGAGGAGGAUUCUUCUGCUGAUUUCUGGUGUGACCUAAUUUCCUCAGAAAUUCAUCCAAUCGGAUGGUGUGCUCAAAACAACCAAGUUCUGCAGCCCCCAGAGGCUAUUAAGGAUAAGUUUGAUGAUUGGAGGGAAUUUCUGGUGAAAUCCCUGACAGGGGCAAGAACUGCACCUUCAUUUUUAUUGGAUAAGUCGACAGGUACAACACCAGUAGACCAACUGAAGCGAGGAAUGAGGUUAGAACUUCAGCAUGCAAUCAACCCCACAGAUAUAUGGCUGGUAAAAAUUAUAGAGAAUGUAGGAGGACGGCUAUACCUGAGGCUGGAGGGGGCUGAACCUGGCUCUAAUGAUUUCUGGCUUUUCUACCUGAACCACCGGCUUCAUCCAAUUGGCUGGGCAAAGACCAAUGGCUACAAGUAUAGCCCCCCACAAGAAUUAAUUAUGCAGUUUCAAGAGGAAGUAGACUGGAUGAGUGUUUUGGAGAAUGCUCUGAAAGAAUCUGAGAAAAUGAUGUUGCCAUUAGCUAUAUUUAAGGACCAAGAGGAUAUACAUCCUCAUCGGUUUAAGAGAGGUUGGAAACUAGAGGCCCUAAAUCCUCUGUCAACAAACCAGAUCUGCCCAGCAACUGUGAUUAAGGUAUUGGACUGUCGCUACUUUGUAGUAGAGAUCGACAGUCUGAGAGAAGACUCUUAUCCAAUCAGAUUCUCUUGUCACUCAAGGUCAAGGUUCAUCUUUCCAUGUGGAUGGUGUCAGAAACAUGAUGUCAGCAUUACACCUCCAAAAGGCUGGCACAAAAAAGAAUUUUCUUGGCAAGAGUAUCUGAGUUUCUGCAAUGCAACUCCAGCUCCAGACUUUGUUGUGCCACAAGAUAAAAACCUUUUUGAGAAAGGAAUGAAGCUCGAAGCAGUAAAUCCUGAAAAUCCUAAUCAGAUCUGUGCUGCCACGGUAACAAAAGUUGUGACCCCUCUUGUUUGGAUUCACCUUGACAACCAGAGGAAGUCAGUAGAGAGCCAUAUUGAACACAUGUAUUCACAUAACCUAUUUCCUGUUGGAUGGUGUGCCAGCAAUGGGUACCCAAUACAACCACCAAGGAAAUUAAAUAAAGCUGGAAGACCACCUAGUACAGUUGCUGAAAAGAAACUAGUCAGUUUGACAGAUGAAGCUUAUUCACAGAUGCAGCAAAAUGAGGAAAAUUCCUGGUGUCCAAAGAUUUACUACAACCACAAGUGUUUCUCUGGUCCCUACCUCAGUAAAGGGAGGAUAGCCUCCCUCCCUAAGUGUGUGGGGCCGGGUCCUGUGGGUCUAGUCAUGAAGGAGGUCUUAUCCAAUCUCAUCAAUGUGGCAUACAAGUCUUUCAGGGUGCUCAAAGAGCUACAGAUAGAGGGGAAAUCCAACCCAAGAAUGCAGCAACAAACAAUAAAAGCCAAAUACAAGGGGAAAAGUUAUAGAGCUGCUGUUGAAAUUUGUCGUGACGUAAAUGAGUUGGAUGGCUUUUGUCGUCACAUCUGUAAGAAGCUUGAGUGUUGUCCCAAUCUUAUUAGUCCCCGUCACCAUGACGAAAAAUGUCCGGAAAACUGUGAUCAACUCAACAAAACAAAGUAUACUCAGUAUUUUGGGAAGAAAAUUCCUGGAAAAGUUGGUCGUCCACCUGGUGGCCACACUAACUUAGAAAAUGGUCCAAAGAAACCUGGGAAGCGGGGCCGCAAGAGGAAAAAGCUUAACAUACUAGAUGAACGUGGGGAUAACAUUGAACGGGAGGAAAACAGCGAGGAGGAUAGGGAGAGUGUGAUAAGUGACACACAGACAGUGGCAAGUAAUGACUCCAAUGAAAAUGACAGUAAAAAAUUCAAACGAAAGUACACCCACCACAUUCCUCCCCCCUCAGACAUCAAAACUCGGGGGGCUAAGCUUCCCAAGUACAGUUUUGAGAGAAAGACUCACAAAAAGAUUUUAAUUCCUUCAUCAAUGAUGUCAGAAGGUUCAAGUAGAUUAGCUGCCAAACAUCACAGUUCUGUGACACAUAAAGCUGUACACACUACUUCUCCGGAGAAAAAGACAAUACCAGACAGACUACACCUGACCACUAACCCUCUUAAGUGGUCAGUGAAUGAGGUGGUCAAAUUCCUCAAGACCACAGACUGUGCUAACCUUGCCAGGAUUUGUAAAGAACAGGACAUAGAUGGACAGGCUUUGCUGUUGCUGACCUUACCAGCAGUUCAGGAGUACAUGGAUCUAAAGCUAGGACCAGCUGUCAAGUUCUGCCACCAAAUUGAGAGAGUUAAACUAGCUUUCUUCACUCAGUAUGCCAAAUGAACACUGCUCAAAAUGAUCAAAUGUGGAGAACAUCUGAUAUACUCAUCCUCAAGGUUGUCUCUUUUUCAAUGGUGCCAUUUGUGAAAUUUAAAUGCAUAUUGAAAUGAUUUUGAGGGAAUAUGUACACGUAUGUACAAUGUAUUAAUGUUACAUGUAUAUCAUAUGUGCAUGUAGCUCGUGAAAUUAAUCCAAUAUCUGACAACAAGCUUAAAAAUAGUGGGCAUUUAUGGUUUAAUUACAAACGUUAUGCUUCUUGUGUUGUCCUUCUGUGGGUAGCAUUAACUUUUAAAUCUGUGCAUUUUGAAUUACAUGUGCAAAAAAUAAAACAAGAUGUUUUUUCUA